GACCGAGCUGUGUACCUCACGUUGCUUAUAAUUUCGAUGCUUUUCUUCGCAAGAACAAAAGUCUCUCCAUCUCUCUACAGAAGACAGAUAUUAUGGAGGGUGCCACUACCAACAUGUGGGAAAUUCUCCCAGAUAUAUUAUCUCCAGGUGAUGCUCUUUCGUGAAUAUCUUUUUUUUCUCUGUAUUGUUCAUUUAAAUCUUAAAAAGCUGGGGGAUCGAAUACAUUAUUGUUCAUGGAACCAAGUCCUAGCUCGUCGGCUGUAAGAUAUCAAUUUCCAAAAACAACUGAUGCUAAUCUCAAUGGAGCUACUAGAUACACAGCAGCUCAGAGAAAAAGAUUGGCUGACAAGGCAUAUCGGCAACGAUGUAAGGAAUUGAAAAUGAUCACCAUGAACAAAUUGGAUGAACUUACCAUUGAAAAUGAUCGUUUAAGGAGAGAGAAUGAUUCCUUAAAGAAGGAAGAAGUCCUACUGGUACAGACUUUGCAACGUCAAAAAGAUGAGAUGAAGCAACUUGAGAAGGAAUUUGGCCAAUUAAAAGGCCAGCUUAAUAGUCAAAAUACGGUUGUGGAAGUGCUUUUAAAACGACUAACUGGCUCCAACUAUAAAGAUCUCCAGCGUGAAAAUACUCAGCUUAAACAUGAUAUUAAUCUGUUAACAAAAAGAAUCAGCAAUCCAGAAAACAUGAAUGUAAUUCAGCUUCAAGCAAAAAUUGAACAAUUAGAAAAUGAAAAGAAUGCAUUGCAAGUGAUAAUCGAUGCUUUAUGUGAGAAGAUAAACAAGGACAAGGACCGGCUUGAACCUCAGGAACUAGCAUCACAAGAAGAACAUGUACAAAUGAAGAGAAACUGCAGCAUCCAAAAGUUUGAAGACGGUGGGGGUAUCCCGCAAUUGGCAGCUCUACAAGAUUUAUUUAACGGGGAUUUGUGAUUUCAGACAGUUGCAGUUUAAGAGACCGAACAAAGGAAAAGAAAAGAAAAGGAUUGCCUGAAGAGCUAGCUAGUCAAUGGAACCAUUAUCAUUAUUGAUUUGCAUAUGCUUUGUUGUCAACUUAUAUUAAUCUAUUUCGAGUCCAGUUGCAGAAAUGUUAGUUGUUGUUGUGUCAUGUUCGGAUGAGCUGGUUGUCUCAUUUUUUUAGCUCUUACAAUCAAUAAAUUAUGGUGUGAGGCUAUCAAUUCCUACAA